GCUAGCGAGGUUUCGGGAAAUCAAUUUGCGCACUCAAUAGUGGUGUAUCGUGUUUUAUUUUUUUCAUUUUCUUGUUCAAGUUUUGUAACGGUUGUGUACGACGAGAAAAUCGAUAAUAGCAGCAAUUGCAUCAUGAGAGCCUUUGUGUUAGGAUCGGUGUUGCUGCUGGCUUCGACAGCUUCGGGUUCGUAUCUGGGUCAUGCCGUGUCUGCCCAGUACCAGGCUCAUGAUGGCGUUGGAGGAUACUCGUAUGGCUAUGCUGACCCGAAUUCACAGAAGCAUGAAACUAAAGACGCCCACGGUGUGACCCAUGGAGGCUAUUCCUACGUCGAUGGUGAUGGUCAUGUGCAGACUGUCAAGUACACCGCUGAUCCGAUCCAUGGUUUCCAGGUAGCUGCAACUAACCUUCCCAAGGGUCCCGCACCAGUCGUUGCCGUUGCUCCAGUGUACUCUCACUACGCUAGCCCAUGGGCUCACUCGCAUUCUGUUGUCCUGGGCCACAAUGGCGCUCCUCUAGAUACCCCAGAAGUUCAGGCUGCCAAGGCUGCUCACUUUGCUGCUCAUGCCGAAGCUAAGGCUAGACUACACAAACGCUCGAUCUACGCUGCCCAUUGGAACCACGUCCCAGCUGACACCCCGGAAGUCGCCGCUGCCAAGCACUCCCACUUCGCCGCUUAUGCUGCUGUUCAGAAUGGAAACUACGCAAGUGCUUCCCCUGCUGUCCACAGUGGCCAUUGGGAUCAUCACCAGGAAGUCCCAGUUGAAAAGUGGCACGGACCCAUCCACAUCCCGGUGAUCCACAAUGGUGUCCCAGUUGAGACCCCAGAAGUGCAGCACGCCAAGGCCUUCCACGCUGCCGCUCAUGCCAAGGGCUACGCUCCAUCCCACGAGUAUCACCAGAAUUCAGCCCAUCAGGAUCACCACAACUACGGACCUUGGCAAGGACCUCAGCAUAUUCCAGUGAUCCACGGUGGAGUCCCAGUCGAAACCCCAGAGGUCCAGCAUGCCAAGGCCUACCACCUGAACGCUCUGGCAAGUGCCCACGCUGCCGCAUCCCAUGGCCCUGAAGACGACGGCUCCUACAAACCAGAACUGUGGGACGAACACAACUACCAACACUAAAGCUUGACCGGACCUUGUCAUGAGGAUGCCAAAAUAGCCACCUAAGUCAUUGGACCACUGCCCAACGCAACCGAUAUUACUGAUAUUUACCAUUGAGUGCCAAAUAAUGAGGAAAGCUGUCGUCACGCCGUAGAAGGAGGAGUGCUUCCACCCGUCUCCGGAGGAAGUAGCUUCAAAUGGAGGAAACGUGGAACACACA